AUCUUUAUAAGCUCACGCUCAUGGGGAGUUGGUAAGAGGAUGUUCACUUUAUAGUCACUAUGUUUUUAUUAUCAGGUUGAUCUGUGUCUUCACUCAGCUCAAAGUACAUAAGGAAGUGUUGCACCAUCCCUGUUAAGUAAAAUUCCUGCUACUGUAGUGACUAAAGUUUAGACUUUAAGUUCCCUUUCACCUUUAACCCUCUAGUCCUAUUGUUAAGAUACAUGUUGCCCUAACCCAUGGCCUUUUAUAGAUUACUCUGAUGAAUUCAUUAAACAGGGUUGGCCUCCAGUAGCAUUUGCCCUUCUGGACUGGCUAAUAAUCUUCCAAGUGUAGGUAAAGUUCACGAGUAUUGUAGUAAAAACUCCUAGUCAUGGUUGCACAGCACACAGCCUGUGAGCAGAGGGAGCGUUUGCAGUUCAGGACCUUCUCUGAGGGUAUAGUGAAAGGACUCUAAUGGCACAAGAUUCUAGCAAGAGGCGGCGAAGAGGUGCGUCCAAACCUCGGCCCUCCAUGCCUGCUUCCCCAGGCUACACUCGACUGGAACAAAAUGACCCUAUGAACCCCUUGCGAAUCUCUGUAGGAAACCUCCCCAUGUUGGCUUCCAUGGCCAACACCACCGACCCCCGUUUCCGCCUAAAAUGGAAGCCCAUCGUGGCCGUGUUCAUCACCCUAGCCGUGGUCUUGCUGGUGUUUAUGCAGUUUAGCUCUGGUGUUCGUGACCGUUCUUACGCGUCUCACAGCUGGAAGGCAAGUCGAAGCGACACCCAGCAGUCCACUUCCCAUUACAAUGACACCUACCCUCUCAGUCCGCCUGAGCGAACACCGCAGGGCACCCGCUACCGCAUCGGGGUCAUCGCAGACCUGGAUACGAACUCCCUGAGCGACAAGAAAAUGACAUGGUUCAGCUACAUGCGACGGGGGUACCUGCUCGUGUCCCAGAGUGGCGACAAGGUGGCGGUCGAAUGGGAUGAUGAGAAAGUGGUGCUGGAGAGCCAUCUGUCAGAGAAGGGCAGGGGGAUGGAGCUGUCUGAGCUGGUGGUGUUCAACGGGAAGCUGUACAGCGUCGACGACAGAACGGGUGUAGUCUAUCUUAUAGAUGGAAACAAGGCUGUGCCCUGGGUUAUCUUGCCUGAUGGGGAUGGAAGCGUUGCCAAAGGGUUCAAAGCUGAGUGGCUGGCAGUGAAGGAUGAGCACCUGUACGUUGGUGGUCUAGGGAAAGAGUGGACCACCACCGAGGGCGAGUUCGUCAACAACAAUCCGGAGUGGGUAAAAGUGGUGGGCUUCAGGGGGGAUGUACAACACGAGAACUGGGUUCCUCGGUACGCAGCCAUGAAGACCGCCGCAGGGAUCAAAUCGCCAGGGUAUUUUAUUCACGAGUCUGCAGCGUGGAGCGAUACCCUGCAGCGCUGGUUCUUUCUCCCUCGCCGCGCAAGCCACGAGCGCUACGAAGAGACUGCGGACGAGAGUCGUGGUACGAACAUCGCCCUCAGCUGCUCGCCAGAUUUUAAAGACAUCAAAGUGAGCCAAGUGGGCUCGCUGAACCCCACUCACGGUUUCUCGUCCUUCAAGUUCGUCCCCAACACUGACGAUCAGAUCAUUCUGGCGCUCAAGUCAGAGGAGGAUGCCGGGAAGAUCGCAACGUACAUCAUGGCUUUCACACUCGAUGGGCGCAUCCUUCUGCCUGAAGCCAAGAUCGGGGAUGUGAAAUAUGAAGGAUUGGAGUUCAUAUAAUGUCCUCCGAGAUACUGAGUCUUGCUGUUGGUGCCACUAUACUGUGGCGUUAAUUUGUUUACACUUCAGUCCCUGCUGAACUUACUGCACUGACUGCUUCUCGUAAAACCUUUACUCCGACCCUUAAAGGACUGUCUUCGUUACAAACAGUAUAGCUUAAUGCUACGAUGAAGAACACUGUCUUCUUAAGGGCUUUUAAAAAGUCAGAUCGAGUAUUACCAGCAUGUAUUGUGUUGAAUUAUCUCCUUGCCAAGACAGAUCUGGGCUUCACUGGGCUUCACAGUACUGUAGACUUAUUUUAUAAUGAAUGUACAAAGGAUGGAUUUCUCAAAACUGUGAUUUUUUUUUUCUUUUUUUUUUUUUUUUUACUUUCAUUGCACAUAACUGUACAGAUGUUUUUUCUCCAGCUUUUCAUAUUGAACAGUGCGAUUCUGUACACACCAGACCUGAUUUUAAUUCAACAUAAUAAGAAGGACAUUUUGAUUAAAAGUUAAAUUCUACUGUAUACAAUGUCUUUUCUGUGAUGCUUUUGGUGACAGUAAAAUCUAAAUUCAUAA